GGCUUUGUUAAUCUCCUCAGAUUCCUGUUAAAAAGUUCAACAUGGAGUAUGAAGAUGUCAGCAGUAAUGAAGCAAAAGAAGAUACACAACAAAAGCAUACAGAGGAGAAAAUAAAGAAGAAGAAGAAAGAUACGUUCAGUGUAAAUAUACAGCUAGAUGUGGUUCAAGUUGGGCUGUUUCUUGCUGCAUUGUUCACACGCACAUGGCAGCUAGGAUCUCCUAAAUCUGUUGUAUUUGAUGAGUUACAUUUUGCUAAGUAUGUUUCCUUAUACAUGAAACAAAUCUUCUUCUUUGAUGUUCAUCCGCCACUGGGCAAGCUCAUUCUAGCAUUUAUAGGUAGUUAUCAAGGGUUUGAGGGUCAUCUGGGAUUUGAGAGAAUAGGCGCAGAUUAUCCCAGUGAUUUCCCGUUGAAAAGUUUACGUUUAAUACCAGCAUUAUGUGGCAGUCUGAUAGUACCGAUGGUAUAUCAAAUAGCUGUAGAACUUGGCUUCACCAGAUGGUCCGCACUAUUAGCUGGUGCUUUUCUAUUACUAGACAAUGCUCUAUUGGUGCAAUGCAGAUUUAUACUGAUGGAAGGGAUGUUGCUGUUUUUCAUGUGCCUUUCUUUAUUAAGUUACCUCAAAUUUAGAUCACUAUGUCAUAGGUCAUUUUCUCUACAGUGGUUUUUCUGGUUGUCAUUGACCGGUGUGUCUUUUACUUGUACCCUCAGUGUCAAAUAUGUUGGGCUGUUCACUGCAAUAUUAGUUCUGUAUCUGAUUUGGAGGGAUUACUGGAAAUUACUGUCGGACUUCACAAAAUCUGAUUUAUGUUUACUGUAUCACAUGGUGGCAAGAGGUGUCUUCCUUUUGGUGGUUCCAGCAGUCCUGUAUGUGUACAUAUUCUAUAUACAUCUUAGUGUACUCACCAAGGCUGGACCUCAUGACAAUAUUAUGACUAGUGCAUUCCAAGCUAGCCUAGAGGGUGGAUUAGCAACUCUGACAAAAGGCCAGCCUUUACACAUUGCAUAUGGUUCCCAGAUUACACUAAAGCACACAUACGACCCGGCACCAGGUCAUCCUUGCUGGCUCCACUCUCACGCCACGCCUUACCCAGUCAAGUACAAGGACGGACGGGGAUCCAGUCAUCAGCAACAAGUCACUUGUUACUCCUAUAAAGAUGUUAACAACUGGUGGAUAGUGAAACGUCCAAAUCAGGACUCUAUGCUGGUUGAUGACCCACCAGAGGCUGUGAAGAAUGGGGACAUUAUACAGUUAGUACAUGGUAUAACAGGCAGAGCACUUAACAGUCAUGAUGUUGCGGCACCUGUGAGUCCUCAGCACCAGGAAGUCUCCUGCUAUAUUGAUUAUAAUGUUUCAAUGCCAGCACAAAGUCUCUGGAAACUCGAUAUUUUGAAUAAUGGUGUGUAUGGUGGUGAGAAGUGGGAAACUAUAAAUAGCCAAGUUCGUCUAGUGCACGUCAACACCUCACAAGCUGUCAAGAUAACUGGUAAAUUUUUACCAGAGUGGGGAUUUAACCAGUUAGAAGUGGCCACAGACAGAGUUGUACAGCAAGAGGCAACCAUCUGGAAUGUUGAGGAGCACAGAUAUACCAAAAGCGAUAAUGCGCAGGAAGAAGUAGGUCGUCAUGAAAUGAUCCCGUUAAAUCCCACAUAUCUCUCGUUCUGGCAGAAAUUCUCUGAGCUUCAGUACCGGAUGAUUAUGAUGGGACAGGACAAGGAUAUGGAACAUAAAUACAGUUCUAGUCCACUCGACUGGCCAUUUAUGAAGAAGAACGUGGCCUACUGGCUCAGCGAUAAUAGUAAUGCCCAGAUCCAUCUGGUAGGAAAUGUUGUAGUUUGGUUCACUGGUACUAUAUCUAUUAUAUCAUACAGCGGACUUCUGGUUUUCUAUCUGUUGAGGAGGAGACGAGAAUGCUACGAUCUUACCCAAGAUGAUUGGACACACUUCCUCUUUGUGUUUGAUAUUGUUGUCGUGGGAUAUUUCAUACAUUACAUUCCACAUUUCCUGACGGACAAAACGUUAUUUCUACACCACUACCUUCCUUGUGUAAUCUUCAAAGUACUAGCGCUAUCUGCUGUAGUAAACCAUAUAGAUAUGUGGCUAUCACAGAUACGUUAUGGGACAAAGAUUAUGACCAAUGUGAUAGUUAUAUUGAUAGCUGCGGCAUUAUGGGUAUUCCAAGAACUGCUAAUUGUUACCUAUGGCAACACAAACCUAAACGCUGAGCAAGUGGAAAAACUGACCUGGAUGGAAUCCUGGGACUUUCUCCUCCAUAAAUAGCACUAUUCUAGAAUUUUUCUACAAAUACUUUAUUAGUCCCCUACCGGUUUACC